UGGGGGCGCGAGCAGAGGCGGGGCCUCGAGACCCUGCCUGGUUGCUGGCUGGGUAGAGACAGGAAGCCACUGCAUUUCAGUCUUCCUCACCUCAACCUCUCCGGGUUCGAAUUCAGCCUCUGGAUUUCAGCCUCCAGAGUAACUACCUCGAGAAGGGAGAGCAUCUGCUUCUGGAGCUACUUCUCCUGAGGGAUCACUCCAGAAAGGGUGACAGGAACUGCAGGUGCCCUCCCUGAGCAGUGAGGACUGGUGGUCUUCGCCGAGGGAGCCACGGAUCCUGAAAGAGGACACUGGUAGGGUUGGGAUCAGAGCUGUCUCUGGCCCUGUGGCCUCCAUGCUCUUGUCAUGGCUAACAGGACUAGGGACUGGAAUGAUCUUUCUGCACUGCGUGCAGAGACUUCUUUUCCCUUAUUUCUGGGAUGAUUUCUGGUUCCUGCUGAAGGUGGUGCGCUUUGGAAUUCAGACUGCAAAGUACAAACGGAGAGGCGAGCUGGUCACUGUGCUGGAUAAAUUCCUGAGCCAUGCCAAGAGGCAACCCCAGAAACCUUUCAUCAUUUAUGAAGGAGACAUCUACACUUACCAGGAUGUGGAUAAAAGGAGUAACAAAGUGGCCCGUGUCUUCCUGAACCACUCCUCACUGGAAAAGGGGGACACUGUGGCUUUGCUGAUGAGUAAUGAGCCUGACUUCGUUCACAUGUGGUUUGGCCUGGCUAAGCUGGGCUGCGUGGUGGCCUUCCUCAACUGCAACGUUCGCGCCAACUCCCUUCUGCAUUGCAUUCGCACCUGUGAGCCCAAGGCCCUAGUGGUGGGCGCAGAUUUGCUUGGCAUUAUAGAAGAGAUCCUUCCCAACCUCCCCCAAAAUGUCAGUGUUUGGGGGAUGAAAGAUUCUGUUCCCCAAGGUGUGAUUUCACUCACACAAAAACUGAGCACGUCAUCUGAGGAGCCUGUGCCACGCAGCCAUCGAAUUGCCUCAAACCUCAAAUCUACUUGCCUUUAUAUUUUUACCUCUGGAACAACAGGACUACCAAAAGCAGCUGUGAUUAGUCAGUUGCAGGCUUUAAAAGGAUCUGCUGGAUUGUGGGCUUUUGGUUGUACAGCUGAUGACAUUGUUUAUAUAACUCUUCCUUUGUAUCAUAGCUCAGGAUCUCUCCUGGGAAUUGGUGGAUGUGUUGAGUUGGGUGCCACUUGUGUGUUGAAGAAGAAAUUCUCAGCAAGUCAAUUUUGGAACGAUUGCAAGAAGUAUAAUGUGACUGUGUUUCAGUAUAUUGGAGAACUGUGUCGCUACCUUUGCAAACAACCCAAGAGAAAAGGUGAAAAGGAUCAUCAGGUGCGUCUGGCAGUUGGAAAUGGUAUACGGAGUGAUGUGUGGAGACAGUUUUUAGACAGGUUUGGAAAUAUUAAGAUGUGUGAACUUUAUGGAGCUACUGAAGGGAACAUUUGCUUUAUGAACCACACAGGGAAAAUUGGAUCUGUUGGAAGAACAAAUUUCUUUUACAAACUUUUUUUCAAUUUCCACUUGAUAAAGUAUGAUUUUCAGAAAGAUGAACCUUUGAGAAAUGAACAGGACUGGUGUAGCCAAGUAAAAAAAGGAGAACCUGGACUUCUCAUUUCUCGUGUGAAUAAAAAGAAUCCCUUCUUUGGUUAUGCUGGGUCUUAUAGGCACACACAAAAUAAAUUACUCUUUGAUGUUUUUAAGAAGGGAGAUGUUUACUUUAACACAGGAGACCUAAUGGUCCAAGAUCAGGAGAAUUUCCUUUAUUUUUGGGACCGUAUUGGAGAUACUUUCAGAUGGAAAGGAGAAAAUGUUGCAACCACAGAGGUCGCCGAUGUUAUUGGGAUGUUGGAUUUCAUACAGGAAAUAAACGUCUAUGGUGUAGCUGUAUCAGGUUAUGAAGGAAAAGCUGGAAUGGCUUCUAUUAUUUUAAAACCAAAUAAAUCUUUAGACUUAGAAAAAAUUUAUGAACAAGUUGUAACAUCUCUACCAGCUUAUGCCUGCCCACGAUUUUUAAGAAUUCAGGUACUUUUUUUGAGGAAAAAAUGGAAACCACAGGGACAUUCAAGCUACAGAAGUUUCAGUUGGUGGAAGAAGGAUUUAAUCCUCUGAAAAUUUCUGAUCCACUUUAUUUUAUGGAUAACUUGAAAAAAUCUUAUGUUCCAUUGACCAUAGAACUUUAUAAUCAGAUAAUGUUAGGGAGGAUAAAACUUUAAGCUUUUGUAUACAUGGAAUUUUCGUGUACUUUGCUAGGAAGACUGAGAGAGAGUACAGAUACUCCUUGACUUACAAUGGGAUUAUGUUCUGAUAAACCCAUCAUGAAUUGGAAAUAAAUAAAAAUACAUUUAAUACACUUAAUCUAUCAAACAUCAGCUAGAAGCUGUAUAUAUGUGAAUCUUCACUCUGAAAUAGGUAAAAGUGACUAAUUAUUAAGCGCAUGCUUUGUUUCCUUAGAAUGAUUUUUUAAUUUAGAAAAACAUUUGCUUUAAUAGAUAUAAACUCUAGUUGACUUUUAUCUAUUUGGGGAUUUUCAGUGUAUAACUAAAUAUUUGUCUUGAUAUUAAAUAUUUUAAAUAGUAAAUAAGCAGUUAACCAUUUAGACAAUCAUUGAGAAGUAAAGUUUCUAAUGUAAAGUUUCUAAUUUUUA